CUUGCCCGGUCAAGUACACCUCGCCUUGCCUUGGUGCACCUACAUAGCUGGUUCGGAGCGUUUGUGAACGUUGUGACGCGGUCACAGUACUUGAGCUCCUCAACUUUAAGCCAGGGCCCUGCUUUAAGCAGUGCUGUUCCUUAUUUCCUUAUUUGCUAGCGUUUGAUACGAGAAGCAAUGACCUCGAAUACUGUACGCGUUCCCUACUCUCAUGAGCUCUACGCGAUGAGCCGGCACGUUGUGUUCCGUGCCGAGAAGGAGCACAAAGCUGCUGUGGAGUGCAAGGGCAAGCAUGAUUGGCCGGAGGACUGCAAGCCAGAGUCGGAAGCGCUUGUGCGCGCGACCAACAAGCUCUACAAGGAAAUUAUGGAGAAGUCCCCGGAGGAAUUCAAGGAGUAUGCGCAGUGCCUAGACUGGUAUGGACUGCGCUUUUCGCGCUGCCGCGACAAGCAGACUGCGUUCGAGAAGGCAUUUCCCAUCGUUGAUGCCAAGAAGUAAUGAAGUGGCUCAUGCGGGGGAAGAGAAUGGGCUUAUGCUUAAUCUAGCAAGUCGUUUCAAGGCAGGUUGGGGGCCCAUUCCUAGCGUGCAGUCAGCUUAGUGAUUGAAGGGUUGCGGUGUCUUGGGUGCAAGCGGUGUGGCUGCAACCAGAGUACCCGUGUAUGCACGAGCGGGCAGAAGUGACAAAAACACGAAGGCACGUUGCUGCUUGAGUGUAAGGGUCGAUUGGCCAACAAGCUCGACAAGAGGCUUGGGGCCGGAGGAAAGUUAGAUGCGUCGCUUGGAAGGGAUGCACAGAUGUAGCUCUGACCAGUAAAGUGUGUACGUGAUGGACGCGGGUAGCGCGACGGUUUACACCUGAACUUUAUCGCAUGGUGUGUUGGGUGGGAAUCGCCAACGGUGCAAUUAUGUAAUGACAUACCGUC